GGAAGCAAAGUAAAUUACUAGCCUGGGCCUAUUAUUUGUAUUGUUUUGAGGAAAAUCGAAAUAAAUUUUUCCUUGAACUCAAACCCACAUAAGGUAUACAGAUAAUAUGUCACAGUACGGAGGACCACCCUCUGGGGCCCCUCCCUACCCCCAAAGUCAAGGUACACCAUAUCCUGCUCAAGGUCAGGGGUCGGCACCAUACCCUGCUCAAGGUCAGGGUUCAGCACCAUACCCUGCCCAAGGUCAAGGGUCAGCACCAUACCCUGCCCAAGGUCAAGGGUCAGCGCCAUAUCCUCCUCAAGGUCAAGGGUCAGCACCAUACCCUGCCCAAGGUCAAGGCCACUCCCCAUACCCAUCACAGGAUGCAUUCCCUCAGCUGCAGACACCAGGGCAAGCAGCAGCUGGAGCAGCACCGUACCCUUCAGGCCCAUACCCCAACCCGGCAGCCUCAAACCCAUCUGCCCCACCCAAGCCCAGCCCUCCACCAAGACCAACCACAGGCCCUGGUCAAGGUCAACAAGGACAAGCCCCUUAUCCUGGACAAUCUCCGUACCCUGCCCAAGGUCAGCCCCCACAUGGACAGACACCUUAUCCAGGUCAGGCACCUUAUCCUGCUCAAGGUCAAGCUCCUUACCCAGCUCAAGGUCAACCCCCUCAAGGUCAGGCCCCUUACCCAGCUCAAGGUCAAGCCCCUUUCCCUGGUCAAGGCAAUCCACCACAUGGUCAGAGCCCUUAUCCAGGGCAAGGUCAUCCCCAAGGUCAAGCACCAUACCCCGGUCAAGGUCAAGCUCCUUACCCAGGCCAGGCUUCCCAUGCAGGUCAAGGUCAUGCCCCGUACCCAGGUCAAGGUCACCAACCUCCAGCACACUCUGCUUACCCAGGUCAAACUCAAGGUCAAGGGGCAAAUGCCCCUCGAGGUGGUGCAGGGGGUAGAGCAACAAACCCUGGAGCAGACCAGUUCAAGUCGCGUGUGGAGAUCCGUAUUGAGUGCAAGAAUUUGCUGAACAAAGACGUGAUGUCCAAGUCUGACCCGUGUGCUGCUUUCUACAUGAUGAGGGCUGGCCGCUGGGAGGAGAUGGGAAGAACAGAGAAUGUGAUCAACUGUUUGAACCCCCGAUUCUCCCAAAGUUUUGUGGUCAACUACUUCUUUGAGGAGGUGCAGAAACUGCUGAUAGCUGUCUAUGACCUGGACAAUUCUACCCCUCAGCUCACAGAUGACGAUUUCUUAGGACAGAUUGAGACUACAUUAGGACAGGUUGUGUCCAACACCCCACUGACAGCUCCUCUUUUGUUGAGGAAUGGACGGAAAGCUGGCCAAGGGACUAUAUCGAUAAGUGCUGAAGAAAUCAAAGAAGGCACAGAGAGCGUCCACUUGACCUUCAGGGCACAGAAGUUGGACAAUAAGGACUUUCUCGGCAAGUCUGAUCCAUAUCUGGAGAUUCAGCGAGCAACCCCAGAUGGCCGCUGGCAAGUUGUUCACAGAACAGAGGUGAUAAAGAACAAUUUGAACCCCAGCUGGCGGCCAUUUCAGUUGUCACUGCAGACACUGUGUGGUGGGAACAGACAGCAAAACAUUAAGAUUGAUUGCUAUGACUGGGACAGUGACGGCUCACACGACUACAUUGGCGGCCUCACCACAACAUUUGAUGAGAUGUCUAAGGCAGCUCAGCAAGAGACGUCAUGGCCCUGUGUCAACCCUUCCAAGAAAGCCAAAAAGAGAAAUUACAAGAACUCUGGAAUCAUUGUGUUGACUACCUGCAAACUUUUUAAGGAGCAUUCUUUCCUGGAUUACAUCACUGGGGGUAUGCAGAUCAACUUCACUGUGGGAAUUGACUUCACAGCCUCCAAUGGAAAUCCGGCUCAGACAACCUCUCUUCAUUACAUCAACCCCUACCAGCCCAAUGAGUAUAUGGGUGCUAUCAAGGCAGUUGGGGAGGUGUGCCAAGAUUAUGACACAGACAAAUUGUUUCCUGCCCUUGGCUUUGGUGCCAAGAUUCCGCCCAACUGGCAAGUGUCACAUGAGUUUGCCAUCAACUUCAACCCACAGAAUCCAUAUUGUCAAGGAAUUGAUGGUGUUUUACAAGCUUACUACAACUGCAUCCAGACAGUCCAAUUGUAUGGUCCCACCAAUGCUGCUCCCAUCAUACAGCAUGUUUCCAAGUUUGCUGCUAUGGCACAGCGAGAGGAGGGCAGUAAGGGAGCCCAUGCCUACUUCGUAUUGCUGAUGCUUACUGACGGAGUACUCAGUGAUAUGUCCAACACACGGUCAGCCAUUGUAGCAGCCAGCGAGUUGCCCAUGUCCCUGAUCAUUGUGGGUGUUGGCAAUGCUGACUUCAGCGAUAUGGAGAUUCUGGAUGGAGACAAUGGGGUGUUGAGAGCUCCAGGUGGUCAGCCAUGCAAGAGGGACAUUGUUCAAUUUGUUCCCUUCAGAGAGUUUAAAAAUUCUACACCGGUGGAGCUGGCCCGGAGUGUGUUGGCGGAAGUCCCCAAACAGGUCACAGGGUACUACAAGAUGAGAGGGAUGCAGCCCCUGAAAAAUCCAAGAGUUUAACAUGUUGACGGGAUCUUGUUGUCUGCCUUUUAGAUCAUGGUUGGAAGUCCAAAAUUAAGUAAAUUUUAUUGUGUAGAGGAAAAUAUUCUUCCAGCACCAUAUAGAAAAAGACUUAAUAUGUUCCUCUUAAAGAAUGAGUUUUUUUCUAAUUCCAUUUCGCAUAAAUGUUUUGUUAGGCAUGAUUUGCCUAGUCUCCUCAGCCUAGAAAAUACCCACUUGUUCAACUAGUCAAAAGGACAGAAUAAAAAAAUAGCGUAAAAAUGUUCUCAUAGUACAUUGAUGAUUAGUCUGGUUGUUGAGAGGAGCCUGAUGGUAGACAGAAAGAGAUUGGAAGGGGCUUCACUGACUACUGACUGAAAAAAAAAUGUUCUAUGACAAUAUUUCUCUGUUCUAUUUCUAUUACUGUUUGAUAUAUAUAUAUAUAUAUACUGAUACAUUUUCAUGAGCCAAAUUCAUACUAAUUAGAAUAUGCUUCUUUCUCACUGCUCCUCCCCCCCCCAAAAAAAAAUAAAAAAAAUAAUUAAAAUUAAAAUUCAAAGCUGAGCAGGAAACUGCACAAAAAACUCUAAACAAAUACAAUAAAAUCUUUGAUAAUAUGCAAACUUCACGGGACUAGAGAAUUUUUAAAGUGUUAGGCAGAGUAAAUGAAAAGAACAAAAAAUGGGAGGUGACUUCUUUCUUACCGUUCUGAUCAAAUGGUCCUCGUGUAAGCCAUUUUUAGUCAUUACUAUAUUACUAACACAUGCUGAGCUGCAAAUUUUGGGAAAUUGGAAAAAAAGGGGAACCUUAUUUUCAACCUCAUACUUGACUGCCCAGGAUGAGGUUCGAGGGAGAUUGUAGUUGCCUACUUGAUGGAUUUCCCUGUUGCUACUCAGUUUGACUGUUUACCGUCAAAGUGACAAUGGACAUGUCAUUUGACUUAUCGUGUACUGCCAGGGUGAUGGUAGGAGAAUUGAUUCCGAAUGUGUCUCAUUUUGCAUCAACAUGCAUUUGUGGUGGUUUUUUAAAGUUUCAUAAACAUCCUAUUUUUGGAAACUGUGAUUGAUUAUCCGAUUUCGCUCAAAAUUUGGACACGGAAGAAAGGGUUCGAGACUGUUUGGAAUAAUUUAGACUUAAAAUAAUUUCAGAGCCAGAUUUAAAAAAAAUAAUUUUGAAGUGAGAACAAGUGAGUGGUUGUAAAGGAAAGACAAAUUCCCUAGUUUGUUUCACGCAAAGGUGAUUACCAAACUAUUGAAUUUUUAGGAUUCUGCAGAUGACUAGAUUCUUCUGAUGGUUUUGACAGUGACUGCACCGGUGAUUUUCUAUUUUACGUGGGAGUGACAAAAAUUAUUAUUUUGUCACCCCACGUAUCUCAGAUACUUAAACAAAUACAUAGAUUGAUAUUAAUCAAUUCCAUAAAUGUUUUCUACAUUUUAUUACCUUUAAAUGUUUGUGUUAAACUUGUUUGUGAUUUGUGUCUAGAAUAUGGCACCCCUUAGAACCUGGGCCGAUUUGAAAAUUAAUUCGGGCGAACUGGGGUGGAAAAAUUUUUGAAGGUGAAGAGUCAAGACCUAAUAUAAAUAGCAAAACAUAGGAUUAAUGAAUCAUAGUUGGAUAUUAUAAGGAUAAUCAGGAAGUUUUCAAAAAUGGAAUAUUCCUAUCAAAUUAAGGAUAUUUAACAGCUUCCUAGUGUCUCAUUUCCUUGUCCCAGAAAAUAA